AUGUCGCAGCCUGCAAAGCGAGACGCGGAUACUGCCUUUGAAGGCAGCCAUAACGGCGCCCCACACAAGCAAAAGCGCCAGAGGAGAAGAAAAAGCGGAAAACUCGACCUCGAGAACACUGCGUCGUUGUCGAAAGCGACAGAGUCGCCUGCUGCGUUGAAAACGAAAACCUCGGAUGAGUCCCCGGAUUCCACUCCCAAGGUCAAAGACACAACGGAGCCAAAUACUCCAGCUUCCAGUAAUGGCAAACUCAAGGAGCAGGCACCUACGAAGACCCCAGCCCAGAGACUGACUCCCAAACAAAAACCGGAAGAUUCGUCAAAGAAGCCAAAGAAAGACAAUGCCACAUCGAGCAGGGAAAGAGGCGGAAAGCCACAAAAUUCGAGCAGACCAGACAGGCAGAAGACCAAGUCUAGCCACGAACAGUCCGAACCCACAAGUGCCAACGGUGGAAAUCCUGAAGGGUCCAAUCUGAAAUCGAAAGUGUUGGUCAAUGAAUUGACUUCAGCUGGGCAAGGAGUGCGAUCCAAGAGGCCGAGGAAACGCAAAGACAAGUCGGUCAAGGAAAGAGCGACAAGCACCGAGAAUCAAAAAGCGGAUCAAUUGGUCGAAGGAGACAGGCUAGACCAGCUCGUAAAGGCAGAAUCAAAAAAGCAGUUGGUCAAAAGCAAUAAGCAAAAGUCCAAACUCGUCAAGCAGUCGAAGACACAAAACUCAGUCUCGAACAACAGCGGGUUCAGAUUAUCCUCCGGCAGCGGUGGCACAUUUAUCGAUCAAGAUCCAAUUCUGACUGCCGAUGAUCAGUAUCUGAUCCUACCAACACACGCCGAAAUCAAAGUCUAUUCGACCAAGACGUCCCUGCUCGUCAGAAGCUUCCGCAUCGAGCCCUCAUACGAUAUUACCAGCUGCUCCUUGUCGAAGGCAGAUCCCAAAAAGUUGUACGUCUCUAGUUCGAAAGGACUGGUGUCUCUGUGGGAUUGGACGACUGCCACCGUGAUAGGUAGAUAUGACGCAGGAAGUGUUUCACAACAAGUCCUUCCUUUGUGCCAUCAGGACGGUGAGGAGACGAUUCUGGUGCUCCAAGACGACGGACAAGGCUUUAAGCUUCUUGCUUCUUACUCCGUCAAUACGCUUCGAGGCACGUUCACCAAGACCAGCAUAGUGUUGCGGAAGAAUAACCUAUCAGCCUGCUUCAAAUCUUAUGCCCAAGGGACCGUACUGUUGGCAUGUGUAGAAGACCAACUACUGGUCGGUCAGUGUCAAGUCACACCAGAAACCCAAUUGGAUUUGACCUACACAUGGAGGGAGAUGACACUGCCAGGGUUCAUAACGAGCUUUGACGCACAAGUCAAUUCGAGCAAAUCCAAGACCUCACGGAAAGUCCCUUUCCUCGAUGUUGUGAUUGGUCUCAGCGACGGGGUCAUCAUGCAUUUUGAAGACAUACUCUUCAAACUCAUUGGAAAAGAGAAAAAGAACAAAACUUCGACGGAGGACAUUGUUGGUCGCAAGCUCCAUUGGCAUCGCAAGGCCGUCAACACCGUUAAAUGGUCUCGAGACCGGAACUACAUCGUAUCUGGCGGCAACGAGACGGUGCUUGUCAUCUGGCAGUUGGACUCGAACCAAAGGCAAUAUCUGCCUCAUCUUUCGACUCCGAUCCUGAACCUCAGCGUGUCAGCUGCGGGAUCCUCCUAUGCACUCCGCUUGGGUGACAAUUCUGUCAUGAUCUUGUCGACAGCCGAUCUGCUUCCCUCAACGAACGUCUGCGGCUUGGCUCUGGGGCUGUCUCAGAAGAACUCGAGCCUCAUUCUUGCUCACCCGAAUGUUCCAAACCGAAUAUUGGCCGCUGUACCUUCCGAUGCCGCCGCGACAGGGCCGUUCCACGGGCGAUACUCGACCCUUCUACAAGUCUACGAUGUCGAAUCAAACCUCCAAAUCGGUCGUCAGGCUUUAAGUCGAAACAUGGUAACUACAUCCAACGUUGCGCCGACCGGACAACCAGUUAGGGAGCCCACCGUCACCCAUAUUGCUAUCAGCCACGACGGUAGGUGGCUAGCAACAGUAGAUGAAUGGCAGCCCAAUGAACAAGACACGGACAGUAUGUACAUCCGCUCCGACAGUGCGGAUCUUCGCGGCCGAUCAACCGAAACGAGUCUGAGACUGUGGUUGUGGGAUGAAGAGAACAACAACUUCGAGCAAGUGACCAGGGUUGAUGAACCUCACACAGCGGGUCCAAAUUCUGUACUCGGUGUGUCGUUCAACCCCGCCAAACUGGAACUGGCUACGAUUGGCAACGAUGCGACUGUUCGCGUGUGGUCACCCAAAGCACGUCACCGGAACGGCGUCUCAGUCAGAAACAAAGCGAAUGAGCAGCUUUACACCUGGAGCUGCUCAAGGACGAUUCGAUGCGAUCACGAUGCUCCCCUUGAGCGCGGAGGCAUGGAAGCAAAAGCAAUCUCUGCCGCCCUGGCCUAUUCGGACGACGGUUCAGUAGCUGCGGCCGCAUGGUUCUGGCCUGACAACCGGUCCAAGUUUUCUUCGGAAUCUGCUACCGACGCUUUCAGAUUGCCUCAGCCGCGCUUCGUGCAUCUCAUCGACCCUACCACCGGGAAAAUCGUCCUCUCCGAGCCGUCCCUUCUCCCUGGUUCGAGUAGCGCAGCCAAACUCCUCUUCCAUUCCCGCUAUCUCAUAUGCCUCUCGCAGACUCUCACAAUCCUGGAUACAAUCACGAACCAAUUGGUCUCCUCGCCCAUCCAGCUCGACGAACAAUAUGUCCCUCCAAAGAGCUGGAGUCCGUUUCACAUUGCAAAGAAUAAAUUCGAUGGAACCAUUGCAAUAUGUCUUUCCCGUUCGGAAAAGCCGCGGGGAAGCAAAUUGGUGGUGUUGAAUUUAUCCAACGACCGUGAUGCUGUUGCUGGCAGUGAAGUCACCUCCGGCGUGCAGGCGAAGGUUGUGUAUCAGAGGUCGUUCCCUGGAACGGUCAAAGGAUUGCUUGCCCUGACUACAGGGCCGGGGUAUUUGCUUAUUGACGACAGGAAUCAAUACCGGUUUCUCAGACCGACGACUGGGGCGUUCGCAAGGACAGUUGUGGGCGCCGUGGAGAGAGAGCAAGUUACGAGGAGUCUGGACAGUAUUUUCGGUCGACAAGGGCUGUUGGCACCAGCUGCCACGGCCGCGCACGCUGAAGUGCCCAAGCUGAUCGCCAACAAUGAGCCCGCUGGCGCCGGAGGAGAGCUUGCCGCUGUGCUGAGGUUUCCUUCAUCGGCACAAGCACCCAACCCGACAGAGUUGUUCCACAGGGUUGUGGGUAUAUUGGCCCAAGGCCGUGAGAAUGAGUUGGAAUAA